GACCCCCCCCCCCCUCUCUCUCUCUUCUCUGUCUCCCGUGUAGGAGCUGUGGCCUCUAUGUUUUGGGUCGAUGCUGAACUAGGAAGUGAUAUUUACCUUGAUGGUAUUGUAACAGUUAUAGAUGCAAAAUACGGCAUGCAGCAUUUAACAGAAGCAAAACCGGACGGACUUAUCAAUGAAGCAGAAAGGCAGGUUGCACUGGCAGAUCUUGCUAUCAUCAAUAAAACAGACUUGGUGGAAGAAGAAGUGCUGAAUCAGCUGAAGGAAGUUGUCCGAUCUAUAAAUGGGCUUGUCAGAAUUCAAGAAACGCAGAAGUCAAGGGUUGACCUCUCCAAUGUAUUAGAUCUGCACGCAUUUGAUGGCAAAACUGGUGCAAGUUUGCAGGAAAAACUGCAUCAUGUGAAAACAACACGACCGCAUCUAGACAAGGUAACCAGCUCAUGCACAGUACUGUUACUUUGUAGUGCUGGGGCAAACACAGCUUUUCAGUGUUUGAAUAUUAUACCAAACUUUUAACAAAACUAUGACAGU